ACUUGAGAUUUGAGAAGGCGGUUUCUAGUCUUCGACUUUCAACACGUUUCACAACAGUUGCAUGAUUUUCAACGAAUAAAACUAAAAAAUGGCUAAAGAAAGCAAGGAUAAAACAAGUACAGCUGUAUUACAGUACUUUAUCAUGCAAAACAGGCCAUUUGCUGUCAACGAUCUUUUACAAAGUGCACAGCUUAAAGAUUUUGGGAAGGCUGCUGUUCAGAAAACAUUGGAUCAAUUUGUUGUGGCUGGGAAAGUAAUGGAAAAGAUUUAUGGAAAACAGAAAGUUUAUGCCAUUAACCAAGAUCUGGUUUCGUCACCUGCUGGUGACUUGAAUAUCGCUGAAAUAGAUGCUAAAAUAUCUGAACUCACAAGACAGAAUGUAGAAGAUGAGGCUUUCAUUAAAAAAGCUGAAAGUGAGCUGAAAAUUCUGAACUCUACAUUGUCGAUAGCAGAAGCUACUUCUCAACUGAAAAUGCUGUGUGAAGAAAAUGAAACAAUGGAAUCAAAGCUAAAGGAUUUGUCCCAAAAUAAAGUGAAACUUUCUGCUGCUGACUUCAAGAAAGCGUGUGUAAUAAAGGAAAAGACUGCAUCUGAGUUACGAAAACGAAAGAGGAUAUGUGGAGAUAUGCUUGACCAGAUUUUGGAAAGCUACCCCAAGGGAAAAAAAGCUUUGCUCGAAGAAGUUGGAGUAGAAACUGAUUAAGAAAACUGUAUUGUCCCUUUCACCAAACCAAAUAUUCUCUUCUGUUGUCCAAGGGUUUGGUAACAUUAUUUUAAAACAAGUUCAUUAUUGAUGUUUCAAUAUAUCAUUUAUUCAGGA